UUUGUCUGCAUAGAUCCAUACCCACUUAUUCAGCUAUUUAAAUGGGAGAUUCAUCAGGAGAAGAGUUUUUUUCGGCCCCUGAGAGUGAUGAGGAUGGACCCACUACCUCAAGAUCAGAACUAGAAACACUGGACAAGCUCUCUCUUGGAGAUGAAACACACACUGAUACAGCUCAAACCUCACAUGAUAAAAAUACAGACACUACUGAUGAUGAACUUGGUAUCAAAGACAAUACGAGAGACCUAGGAGAGGCGACAGCUAAUAAUGAGAGUGGAGGAGAUUAUCUGAGGCAAGAGUUUAUGAGUGGACUGGACAAUCGUAUUGUCAGCGAUGAUCAGGAGGUGGUUGAGGGAGAUAAGGUGGAGCUCUCGGAAGAACAAAUCAAAGAAUUGAAAGAGAAAGCAAAUACAUUGAAAGCUGAUGGAAAUGCUCACUUCAAGAAUGAAGAUUAUGAUGAUGCGAUCGAGUGCUACUCUAAAGCCAUUGAGAUUUACCCUCUGUCUGUGUGCAGUCAUGAGAUAGCAGUGUGCUAUGCUAACAGGGCUACCUGUCACAUGAAGUUGGAUAAUCAUCAGGCUAUCAUUGACGACUGCACAAAAACUCUAGAGUUGGAGCCAACUUAUCUGAAGGCCAUUCUAAGACGGGCUCAAGCUAGUGAGACCCUAGAGAAGUAUGAAGACGCUUUAAACGAUUACAAGAAGGCCCUAGAGAUUGAUCCCACCCAAAGCACUGCCAGACAAGCCGUGAUGUACCUGCCAGACAAAGUCAAGGAACAAAACGAGAAACUCAAAGAUGAGAUGCUAGGGAAGUUGAAGGAGCUUGGCAACGCUGUACUCGGCCCAUUUGGACUCUCAACAAACAAUUUUCAGCUACAGCAAAACCAAACUGGUGGUUACUCUAUUAAUUUUAAAAGAUAAUUGUCAUACUUUUUUGUUGUUUUUUGUCAGAGUACACAAUGUCAUUAAUGUACUGCAGUGAACACUAUAAAUCAUAUCAAUAACAACACUUUAUAGUUAAUACUAGUCAGAUGAAACAGUCCAUACUUAAUAUAAUGAUAAUUCAGUUUUUGUAGAAGAGUUCCUUCAGCUGUUGUUUGGUGUCCUCAGGGGAGGUGGUCCUGUGCCCAAUCGUGCGAGGGUCCUCGUAGAUCUCGUAAUCGUUUCCUCCAGGCAUCGUUUUGUCUCCAAAAAAGUGUAUUUCUUUGAAUUGGGUCAAAUCCAUGAGACCCAGGCAGAAGGUCUUAUCCCAGCCGGUAGGAAACACAUCAAAGCUUAUCUGCCCACCAAUGGAGAACUGGAGACCCAUAUCAGGGAAUUCUUGCUUGCAGGCUUCAACAAAUGUUUCACGAAUUUUGUGCGUCUUGUCGUAUUCGAAGAACUCCAUUCGUUCCUCCUGAGUGCAAUUUCGACCGACGGGGCAAACAUUGAUGAGACCAUCUCUGAACUCAAUGAAUGUGCCACGUUUCUUGGGAAUGUCCAGAUCGGCUGUAUAGCGGAGACAAAAAUUGACAAAUUUCUUUACUUUUUCUUCACCGAGUUUCUUCUUGAUACUCAUGCGGCUGAACUCUUUGCCAUCUUUGAAUGCAACUAGGCCAUUCUCUGAGAACACAUAGUCGUACAUCUGUGUGAAACCCUCUCCUCCCAUUUGCUCCUCCAUCUUGACAAAGUCAGAGCCUCCAACGACUCCAAUCACACAAAUCUCUUUGAGUUUAAGAAUGAACUCUUUCAUAUCGGGUUUGAUGACCAACCUCGAGGGCGUGAGGGUGCCAUCCACAUCAAAAAGAACUAGAACGUCUCUACCACUCAUAAUGUUCACUGCACCAGCUUGCAAAACGGAAACACACACCAGAGCUCAAGCUUUUUUACAAAA